GGGAUACAAAUGGCUGCCUCCAUGAAAGCAACGAGUUGAUCGGACGUUGAUUACCAUUGUAUUCACUCGUUACUAGCUGCUUGAUUACAUAGCUACAGUCCACCAGAAAGGUAGAUAUUCAACGAAUAGCGCUUUAGAGGUUUUAUCUAAACACACAUCAUGUCUGAUGAUGAGGAUUCAACACGUUUUAAACGUCAAAAAAUCUAUUAUGGUUCCCUGGAAGGGAAAAUUUCUGAUGACAAUGGAGGUCGUGGUGGUAUGGACUUUGGUAAUAUUAACUUAUCAGAAGGUGAUCAUUUUGAUUUUGAGGAGCACAUUAAUGCACAGCGUGAAGAAAUGCUUGCAGAGUUUGAGCGCAGGAAAAGAGUAAGUCGUCUGUUUGGAGAAGGGCCGGCAGACAGGAGAGAACGUUUGCGACAACAUCUUGCCAAUUUGGGAGAGGAAUAUGUACUGAAAGAAAAGAAAGAAGAACCACAGAAAACUGAGAAAAAGUAUGAACAGAAAACGUGGUACCAUGAAGGCCCAGCAAGUUUGAAACAAGCUCGAUACUGGAUUGCUGAUUACUCACUACCAAGAGCUCAAGCUAGGCUGGAAGAGGCAAGGAAAAACAAAGCCAUCCCAGAUUCACAGACCAAUGCAAAGCGACAAGAACUUCAUAGAUUCAUCAGAUCUCUUAACAACCAGUGUAGUCAGAUUGGUGACACCCGACCCAUAUCAAGUUGUCAAUUCAGUCCGGACGGUAAAAUAUUGGCCACUUCAUCAUGGAGUGGUCUUUGUAAACUAUGGUCUAUACCAAACUGUGAACUAAUUCGAACACUAAGAGGUCAUAAUCACAAUGUUGGAUGCAUUGUAUUUCAUCCACAGGCUACCAUUGGUAUAGAUAACUCGGCUUGUUGUAUGGCGUCAUGUGACGCUGAUGGAUCUGUUAAAUUAUGGUCAUUAGAAAGUGAUGAACCAGUGGCUGAUAUUGAAGGACAUACACAGAGAGUAACCCAAGUACAAUACCAUCCAUCAGGAAGAUUCCUUGGUACCACAUGCUAUGACAGUUCAUGGAGACUUUGGGAUCUUGAAGUACAGGAAGAAAUUCUACAUCAGGAAGGUCACAGUAAACCGGCGUACUGCAUGUCAUUUCAAUGUGAUGGUUCUUUAGUUGCCACAGGUGGUUUAGAUUCAUUUGGUAGGAUGUGGGAUUUGAGAACUGGACGUUGUAUAAUGUUUAUGGAAGGUCAUCUUAAAGGAGUACUUAGUAUUGAUAUAUCACCUAAUGGUUACCACAUAGCAACAGGUAGUGAAGACAACACAGUGAAAAUAUGGGAUGUUCGUCAGAGGAAAUGCAUUUACACCAUACCAGCACAUACCAGUCUUGUAUCUAGAGUCAAGUUUCAAAAAAGUAAUGGUGAUUUUCUGAUCACUUCUUCCUAUGAUAACACUGCCAAGGUAUGGUCCCAUCCUGGAUGGUCGCCAUUGAUGACAUUAGCGGGUCAUGAGGGCAAAGUAAUGGGGGUUGAUGUGUCACCCAAUGGACAACAUAUUGUUACGUCUUCAUGGGAUAGAACUUUUAAGCUAUGGGCCACAGACUAAGUAGACUAUUACUGACACACUCUCUCUCAGUGAGACUAUUCAUAAUUGGCUGUUAUAAUGGAAAUCAGCUGUGUCAGUUGUAAUGGACAUGAAUAUUACAUCACUAUUCUCUAUUGCAUACACAUCUGUCCUCAUCACUGAAAAAAUUCCAUUCACUCCCACUACCAGAUUUUCUCCCACUAAAAUUGUGGUUUGAUGUAACUUGUAAGUUUUUGAUGUAAAAUUUUCUCAAAUUACUAUCAAACAAAUAUGAUGAUGUCUUUGGAUGACAUCAAAAGCAUUUGGUGUCUGAUAGAUUUUUUACGAGGUUCUUUGUUUCAAACAAACAAGUAAUUAAACAAAAACAAAAGAGUCACAGACGUAUUUUUUCAGGCAGUAAAAUAACAAAUCACUAAAAGUUAGACCACAACAUUGUUACAGUUUAUGGUUGAAACCAUGGUUACACAUCUGGGCACAUUGUCAAGUGCAUUUGACGCAUUUCAUUCUCUGAGCAACAUUCUGUAGUUACAUGUACAUCAUUCCCAUUUUUAGCUAAUCAAUGCAAACGUUAAAAACACUACUAACAUUGUUAAACAUGUAAUAGGAAGCAUCUACUAUUAUGAACUACUAGGAAUUGCUAUUGAAAGAAGACAUUUUAUUUUUUAUGAUAAUGACUACAACUACAGCUGUUAAAAUUAUUUUGACUGACAUUUAACUUCACUAUAUGAUGCUGGAUUUUAAGUUCCCAAAUUUGCCUGAGAAACAUAGUUAUAUUGUACACAUUCACAUAGAUUCAAUCAGAGGUACAUUACUUGGGGUUUGUAACUACGGUGACAUGAUA